AUGAGACUCAAGGUGACGCUUACUGAAGCCGCGCCAUCGUCGAGAUUAAACAUCCUGCAAACCCCUCCGAGCACAUCCGUACACGUGAGCAAGCUGCCGUCGUUCGUUAAGCUGUGCAAGAAGAAGCAGGAAGCACAGAGCCAGUGUGGCUUCAUAGCGCCCCGCCUGCUCCUGACAAUCGGGCCCCGGUCUCCGGCAUCCGACAAGGUGACGGCCUUCGCAGAGCUGCUCAUCGACGCGCUCAGCUCGUUUCAUGCCCCACAAUCGUCAAACGCGCAGACCGCAGUCGUGGCGUGGGCCUAUAUGGCUGAUCUCCGACCUACAGCAGUCUGUCUCAUAACAGUAAACGGAGAUCCUGGAUCCUCGCAAUACGGUGUCGGCGAGGAUGCCUGCGCCGCAGCGCCGCCGACGCAGCCGUGCGCGGCGGGCGCCACGCUGGCGCACCGCAUCCGCUCGCGGAAGAGGGAGCGCAAUCCGGACGGCCCCUACAUCAGCGCCGAGGAGGCGGUGGCGAUAUACACAACGACGGUGCACUGGCUGGAGAGCCGCCGCUUCUCUCCCAUACCCUUCCCCCCGCUCUCCUACAAACAUGACACCAAGCUGCUCAUCCUCGCCCUCGAGAGACUGAAGGAAGCCUACAGCGGUGGCGCCCCCGCGCAGGCUGCGUCGGCGGCGCUGCCGGCCGAGCAUUCCUCGGACACCUUCAUGCCGAGGAUCCAGUCUCCGUACUGUAUGAGCAGACUCUGUAGGUCGGAGAUCGCCAUCAUAGCCGCCGCCACCGACUGCGGUGUGCGCGUUGCAUUGUGGGGCAUGACGAGCUUGAGCGCGUCGAUGAGCACGCUCUGGAAGGCCGUCACCUUGUCCGGAUGCCGGAGACCGGGGCGAUCUGCAGCGAUAGAGGGCGCCACAAUCGAGGCUGAGGAACUGCGGGAUGCCCUUGGCGAACUGCAUGACGCGGUUGAUGCCAGGCUUGACGAGCCGCUGCGCUAUGUGGUCGGCCAUGCUGCCCGUGAGCUGCUUCGCGUCGCCAUGGUCACCGAUGAUGCGGCGUGCAUGCCUGAUGACUUCUCCGUACAGACGCUGCAUGGAGGCAGCACGUUGUACGCAGACGUAAUGUACGUCUCGCCCUUCUUCUUUGGUUUCGACGAGUUCUCGAAGGGAGGCGACUGCGACGGAGGGCUGUUCACGGCGGAGGAGGCUCGUGACCUCAUUCAGCGCUACCUGACGGAACAUCCCGACCCGAACAACGAGAACAUCGUCGGCUACAACAAUAAGAAGUGCUGGCCGCGCGACGCGCGCAUGCGCCUCAUGAAGCACGACGUCAACCUCGGCCGCGCGGUAUUCUGGGACAUCAAGAACCGUCUGCCGCGCUCGGUGACGACGAUCGAGUGGGACCACAGUUUCGUGUCCGUGUACAGCAAGGACAACCCCAACCUGCUGUUCAACAUGUGCGGCUUCGAGUGUCGCAUCCUGCCCAAGUGCCGCACCACGUUCGAGGAGUUCACGCACAGGGACGGCGUCUGGAACCUUCAGAACGAGGUGACGAAGGAACGAACGGCGCAGUGUUUCCUGCGCGUCGACGAGGAAUCGAUGUCGAAGUUCCACAACCGCGUUCGACAGAUCCUCAUGGCUUCCGGCUCCACGACGUUCACGAAGAUCGUGAACAAGUGGAACACGGCGUUGAUCGGGCUGAUGACGUACUACCGGGAGGCGGUCGUGAACACGCAGGAGCUGCUAGACCUGCUCGUCAAGUGCGAAAACAAGAUACAGACGCGCAUCAAGAUCGGACUCAACUCGAAGAUGCCCAGCGACAUUACACAGGUGACAUCACACAGACACCUGUACAGGUACAUCCAGCCGUGGGAGGCUGAGUUCAUUGACUCGCAGCGAGUGUGGGCAGAGUAUGCGCUGAAGAGACAGGAGGCGAAUGCACAGAACAGGCGGCUCACGCUGGAAGACUUGGAGGAUUCGUGGGACCGCGGCAUCCCGCGCAUCAACACGCUCUUCCAGAAGGACAGGCACACGCUCGCCUACGACAAGGGAUGGAGAGUGCGCACCGACUUCAAGCAGUACCAGGUGUUGAAGCAGAACCCGUUCUGGUGGACGCACCAGCGGCACGACGGCAAGCUGUGGAACCUCAACAACUACCGCACGGACAUGAUCCAGGCACUAGGGGGCGUUGAGGGCAUUCUCGAGCACACGCUCUUCAAGGGUACCUACUUCCCCACCUGGGAGGGUCUCUUCUGGGAGAAGGCGAGCGGGUUCGAGGAAUCGAUGAAGUACAAGAAGCUGACGAACGCUCAGCGAUCCGGUCUCAACCAGAUCCCGAACCGCCGCUUCACGCUCUGGUGGUCGCCCACCAUCAACCGAGCCAACGUCUACGUGGGUUUCCAAGUGCAGCUCGACCUGACGGGGAUAUUCAUGCACGGCAAGAUCCCGACCCUGAAGAUCUCUCUCAUCCAGAUCUUCCGCGCUCACUUGUGGCAGAAGGUUCAUGAGAGCGUCGUCAUGGACCUGUGUCAGGUGUUCGACCAGGAACUCGACGCGCUGGAGAUCGAGACCGUUCAGAAGGAGACGAUUCACCCGCGCAAGUCGUACAAGAUGAACAGCUCGUGCGCCGACAUCCUUCUGUUCGCCGCCUACAAGUGGCACGUGUCGCGACCUUCGCUGCUCGCCGACUCCAAGGACACGAUGGACAGCUCGACGACGCAGAAGUACUGGAUCGACGUGCAGCUGAGAUGGGGCGACUACGACUCGCACGACGUAGAGAGCGCGUUCGGUAACUGGUUCCCGGGAGGCAAGCCGCUCAUCCAGCAGGCAAUGGCCAAGAUCAUGAAGGCGAACCCAGCGCUGUACGUGCUGCGCGAGCGCAUACGCAAGGGCCUGCAGCUGUACUCGUCCGAGCCGACCGAGCCCUACCUGUCAUCGCAGAACUACGGAGAGCUGUUCUCGAACCAGAUCAUCUGGUUCGUCGACGACACGAACGUCUACCGCGUCACCAUUCACAAGGCACAGUACCUGGCGUUCUCGCGUCUCAUCCUCAUCCUGCGUGCGCUGCACGUGAACAACGACCGGACGAAGGUGAUCCUGAAGCCGGAUAAGACGACGAUCACGGAGCCGCACCACAUCUGGCCGACGCUGGUCGACGAGGAGUGGAUCAAGGUCGAGGUGCAGCUCAAGGACCUCAUCCUCGCCGACUACGGCAAGAAAAACAACGUGAACGUGGCGUCGCUGACGCAGUCCGAGAUUCGAGACAUCAUCCUCGGCAUGGAGAUCUCCGCUCCCUCGGCGCAGCGGCAGCAGAUCGCCGAGAUCGAGAAGCAAACAAAAGAGCAGUCGCAGCUGACGGCGACGACGACGCGUACGGUGAACAAGCAUGGCGACGAGAUCAUCACGUCGACGACGAGCAACUACGAGACGCAGACCUUCUCCUCGAAGACAGUACGGCGUGAGUCCGCCAGACAACCCCCAGGUGAAGGAGAUCCGCUGCAUAGUGUGCGUGCCGCAGUGGGGCACCCACCAGACUGUCCACCUGCCCAACAUGCUGCCUCAGCACGAAUACCUGAAGGAGAUGGAGCCACUCGGCUGGAUCCACACGCAGCCGAACGAGCUGCCGCAGCUUUCGCCACAAGAUGUCACCACUCACGCGAAGAUCAUGGCCGACACGCCGUCGUGGGACGGAGAGAAGACGAUCGUGAUCACGUGCAGCUUCACGCCCGGGUCGUGUUCGCUGACCGCGUACAAGCUAACGCCGAGUGGCUACGAGUGGGGUCGCCAGAACACGGACAAAGGCAACAACCCGAAGGGCUACCUGCCGUCGCACUACGAGAAGGUGCAGAUGUUGCUCUCCGAUCGCUUCCUCGGAUUCUUCAUGGUGCCCUCGCAGGGCUCCUGGAACUACAACUUCAUGGGUGAAGAAGUUGGAAGUGAAGAGUUGUGUAGAUGUUUUGAGUCGCGUUUGGAAGAUGUCCGGUUGGAGUAA